AUGGAUAUUAGACUUUUUUUAAAAAACGCUGAAGGUGAAAAUCAUGCCAAAAAGCAAAAAAAGUACAAUGAUCAUCCAUAUGAUAUAGCCAAUUUUUUAGAUAAAGAUAAUAUUAGCCUAGAAGAAAGACAUAUACUUCUUAAAAAGAUUUAUAUUCCACCCCUUAAUUUUCAAUAUCCCCAAACUUUAUGUGCUAAUCGAAAGUUAAAAUUUCAAAAUAGCUAUUUUACAAGGUGGUUAUGGCUAGCACACUCCAUCCGAAACAGUGGAGCAUAUUGCAAAAUAUGUGUCCUGUUUGGACCACGAUAUGCUGGCAUAAAUCUAGUUAAGCUUAACACUCUUGUUAAGACUCCUUUCAAUAAAUACAAAGAUGCGGGGGAGAUUUUUGACAAUCAUCAGAAAACAAAUUAUCACAAAAGCUGUGAAUUGAUGAUUUCCUCAAAAGAAUCAAUUCAAAAGGGGGAUAUGAUUCCCAUUUCAGCAAUAAUUGAUAAAAAUAGGAUUAAAAUUGCAAAAGAAAAUAGAGGCAAGAUAAAACUAACUAUUGAGGCUAUUUUAUAUUGUGGCUUGCAAGGCCUAGCACUUCGUGGCCACAGGGAUUCAGGAAGCUUAAAUUUUAAUAAUAAUGAUAACGAAGGUAAUUUCCGUGGACUUUUAAAAUUUAAAGCAUUAGGAGAUCCUGUAUUAAUGGAGAGCCUCAUUAGUACCAAUAAAAAUGCUACUUAUCUCAGCCCUAGGAAUCAAAAUGAGAUAAUUGAUAUUUGCAACAAUAUCAUUUUAGAAAAAUUGAUUGUUGAAAUCAAUUCUGCCCCAUGCUUCUCAAUUUUGGCAGAUGAGACCACGGACAUUGCUGGCAUUGAGCAGAUGUCGUUGUGUGCGCGAUAUGUAGAUACUCAUAAAAACAUUAUCAAGGAAAUGUUUCUCCAAUUUAUUCCUGUUUCAAGCAUGACUGGGUCUGCUUUAGCUGAUAUAAUAUUUGUGAAUCUUAAAAAAUUAAAACUAAAUAUAAAUAUGAUACGUGGGCAAGGGUAUGAUGGAGCACGUGCAAUGAUACAAUUCAAUGGGCUUCAGGCAUUUAUUAAAAAAAAAUGCCCCGCUAUAUAUUUCCACUGUGCUGCCCAUUCACUCAACUUAGCAAUAUCGGAUUCAUGUUCUUUACCAUUGAUAUCAAAUUGCUUAGGUAAAAUAUCUAGCAUCUAUGAGAUGUUUAGAUACCCCAAGCGUCAAAAUAUUUUGAACAGAAUUAUAUCUGAAACUCCUGGCCCAACAAGGAGAAAAAAUUGCAAAAAGCUUGUCCAACAAGAUGGAGUCUUCGACAUCAAGCAGUAA